AUGAGGCUGCCGCUGCUAGUGCCAGCGGGUGUCUUGCUGGUGGCUCUCCUGCCCUGCCCGCCAUGCAGGGCCUUCCUCAGCCAAGGACCCGGCCCGGGCGCCCCGCACCCCCCGCGGGCUCCCCAACCCCUGGAAUUCUUUCAGGCGCCGCCGCAGCCGGGGCAGCCCCAGCAGCAGCAGCCUCUACCCGUCCUGCUCCGCAUGGGGGAGGAAUACUUCCUCCGCCUGGGGAACCUCAACAAAAGCCCCGCUGCCCCCUUCUCGCCUGCCUCCUCGCCCCUUGCUGGCGGCAGCGGCAGCCGCCCCUCGCCGGAGGAGGCGGCCGCCAACUUUUUGCGCGCGUUGCUGCAGCAGCUACCGCUGCCCAGGCGCUCGCUCGAUAGCCCGGCGGGUCUCGCGGAGCGCCGCACCGAGAACGCCCUCGGCGGCCACCAGGAGGCGCAGGAGAGGGAGAGGCGAUCCGAGGAGCCUCCCAUCUCGCUGGAUCUCACCUUCCACCUGCUCCGAGAAGUCUUGGAAAUGGCUAGGGCUGAGCAAUUAGCGCAGCAAGCUCACAGCAAUAGGAAACUGAUGGAGAUUAUUGGGAAAUGA